AUGACCGACAUCCUUAACAUUGGAGGCGAGCCGGUCUUUGACGAUCGUAUCGUCAAGAUUGAGACUCACACGUACAAUCCGUACGCCAAUACAACGUUUGAACACAGCGACGAAAUACGAAUACCCAUACAACAACAGGAUCUGUACACAUUGCCGUAUGAGAGUUUUCUAUACAUCGAGGGAAAACUAACGAUAAACAAACCAGCUGAAGGAUCUAAUGUGACCCUGGGAAAUAAUUGCAUCGCGUUCAUGUUUGAUGAGAUUCGAUACGAACUCGAUGGUGUGGAGAUUGAUCGUAACAGAAAUGUGGGAAUAACUAGCACACUCAAGAAUUAUGUAACGAUAUCAUCCGAUAGAACCGUGAUUAUGAGGAAUGCCGAUUACAAACGCGUGGUGAUUAAUGCUCGUCAUGAGUUGAUUUUAAUACGAUCACGCAACGACAACAAUUGUCUGAUUGGGAAUUUGGCGUUGGAGCCUGUGAUUAACAUAUUCAAGAUACAAUGGCGAAUGCCACACGUUAUAUUGAACGAGGUCAACAAGUUGUCAAUGCUGCGCGCCUUGGAAAGCGGGCGAUAUCUCAGCAUGGGUUUUCGCUCGUGGGAUCUGUACGAGUUUCCGCUGUUGCAGCAUACAACCAAACAUUCGUGGGCCAUUAAGACCGCGACUCAGCUGGAGAAGCCGAGAUACGUUGUCUUCGCUCUACAGACAGGUCGGAAAAACGUCAUGUCUGAGGAUACGAGUCGAUUCGACGACUGCAAAUUGAACAACGUGAAACUCUAUCUGAACUCGGAAUGUUAUCCGUACGACGAUAUGAAUUUGGAUUUCGAUAAAAACAGAUGGUCGAUUUUGUACGACACGUAUCAGCGUUUCUGCAAAAAUUAUUAUGGAUACGAGUAUCUCGAGCCGAGUCUCACCGUCACGCAGUUUUUACGCAACGGUCCGUUCAUGAUUAUCGAUUGCUCUCGACAAAACGAAUCGGUCAAGAGCGCAACUGUGGAUGUGAGAUUGGAAUUUGAGUGUAAGGAGAACGUACCGAUGAAUACCACUGCAUACUGUCUCAUCAUACAUGAUCGCGUGAUUCAAUACAACCCGUUGACCAACGUUGUGCGCAAAAUCACCUAA